GCGGGGAAGUGUCAGUAGAGAGGACGGGAGGCUGCCAGGUCGCUGCUGUUGCAAAGAGAUUUAGCUCUCCAGAAAUACCGAAAGACGACCAAGUUUUUUUUUUUCAGAAUGCGUCCGUAAUUCGCCGUCUUAUCUCCGAGCUUCUGAUAAAAAAAAAAAAAGAAAAACAAAAAGCUUUGCUGUUUUGCUUUAUUCCUGGAGAGCUCAAUUCACCCUGUUUCCAACAUGAUCGGGAGAGGACUGCUCCUUCUCACUGUUUUAUCCAACUGCGUUCUGUCAUUGCCGGUGGCUUCAAGUCAGCUGGAGAAUGAGGACGUAGAGGUGAUGAAAUGCAUUGUCGAGGCGCUGGCAGAUGUACUAUCAAGACCGAAGCAAGUUCCUGUCAGUCAGGAAUGUCUAAACACUCUGAGGAAAGAUGAGAAGCUCCUCACCAUCCUCCGUCAUCAUAACUUUCUGAAGGAGCUGCAGGAGCUCGCCGCUCAAGGUGAUCAAGAGAGGGUUCAGCUGCAGAAAUACACUGAUAAACCAACUCCAACGACACAAGCUCUUCACACUACAGCUGAUGGCACUGAUCAAUCCAUGUUGGAAGCUUUGGGAGGCCCCGGCGAGCGAUCCAUCCUAUUCCAGAGGAAGAGGGCAGGAGACAGCAGAGAAGAGAAGGAUGAGACUCACGAAGAGUCACAGGAGGACAGUGAAGCUGAAGAAGAGCAUGUGAAGAGGGACAAAGAUGAGAACCAGAGACAGGCUGACCAUGAUGAGAAUCGAACAAGCUCAGAGGAGAAUUCAGAAGAAGAAAAUGAGAUGGAGCAUAAGAAAGGUGAUCUGUCUGAUAAAAAGAGAGAUCCAUCCAGAGAGAAUCCCAAACAGAAGAUGGUGGAGACAGAAGAUCAGGAGAAAAGCAUCAAAAGAUCUGCGCUCUUCUUAAACAAGCAUGAUGGCAAGGAAGAGGAUCAGAAGCAGGAAAAUAAGGUGGUAAAAAGAGGGAGCAGGGAAAGCCUAAAUCAUUUGACCCAGAGGGUCAAAACCUUGCCGCUGAAGAAGAAAGCAGAAAGAGAGGAAGCGCCUCAGCUCGGGAGCCAGCAGGAAGCGUCUCACCAUUCAAAAGAAGAAGCAGACGAAGAGCAGCAGAAAAAGGAAAGGGAGCCAGUGAGAAGUCCAGAGGAGAAGGAGUUGCAGAUGAUUGCUCGGAGAGCACCGAAGGAAAGGAGGAUGAUAGAUGAAGAAGGGAGUGGAUCCAGAAAGUCAGAGGAGCCUGAGAUCGAAAGUCUGGCAGCCAUCGAGUCAGAGCUGGAAAACGUCGCUCAGAAACUCCACCAGCUGCGGCGAGGCUGAACAGGAGAGCGGCACAAAAUCCAGCACCCCGGCCUGCGUCCUAGUCCUUCUGCGCUUCACCAGAUGCCUGGUUUCCAUAGAUAGAUAGUGCAAAUGUGUGACAAGGUUUUAUCUGCCCCUAUUUUUCAUUCAGGGUGCUGCUCUGCUUCUUUAGUUUUUUGGACAUUGUUUUUCUCAUAUAGAGUAGCAUACAGUAGAUUGCAGCUAGAUGUGCAUACUAACACCACAUGGAUAUGCAUUCCCACUUGCAUACAACGCUGUAAAGGCAAAUUUCUGGAGGUAUAUUUAUGUUUUAUGGCAGUCAUCUGUUCAUUCUGCACAUGCAUCUUGUCUGCUUGUCAGAUUAAUACGAAUUAUGUGAAAGGUUGGGACUAAUCCAUAUAGGAUAAGGCUGGGAUUGUAAACUUUAGCUUUGUAUCGGCAUAUAAGUCUCUCUUUGGGAUGAUAAUUUGUUUACUAAAGGAAAAAGAAGAGGAUGCUAAUUAUUCCAUAUUGUGAUAGAAACAGCAAACCCCAAUCAAGCCAAGGCAAUAAGUUUAGAUUUUUAGCAGGUAAAUGAUUGAGUUGUAUUCUAACACUGUACUGAAUUUCUCUAAGAAAAUAAACAAAUUGAUUCUGGGA